AUUUCUACAAAAAUAUCUGCAAAAUACAAAAGUAUGUUACUUAUAAUCAAUUAAAUGGUAUAUAGCAUCGUUUUUUCCAGUUAUCUGUACUAUUGAUCUAAACACAUUUACUUCUCUUGAUUUAGCUAUAUUUGAAUUUAAAGGUACUGAUAGUAUUGGUAAAAUAGUAUUUCCAGCUGUUCAAGCAGCCCCAGCCAUAAGUACAUCAUUUCCAUUUAUAUUUGAUUCUAAGCAAAUAGCACAACCUUUACCUUGUUUAAUACCAUGUGCAAUUGAUCAAGUAAGUACAUAGCAACCAUUGCCAUAUCGUAUAAUUUUCAGCACCUUGUAGUAAAGUUAUCAUCGAUCUAUCUGUCGACCUCUGAAUACAACGCUACGAAUUUUCAGAUAUCGACAAUGUAUACGAUAUAUCUCAGUCUAUCCUGUACUAAAUGUGAGCAUGAAAAACUGUAUCGAAUGAUGUGCAUAUGAAGU